ACCCUGCUAUACCUUCUCAAAAGCUUACUUCUUCUUUCUCUUCUGUUAUUUGUUUUCAGAAUCAAACUUAAUAUAAGCAACAAAAUUAUACCAACUAAUUAACAACUCAAAGUAGAAAACAAGACAAAAGAAAUGGUGCGCAUAAGUCUAAGUAGCUUCAUAUUUAUGCUUAUGUUUACUUUGCUUGAAGCAAGAGACUCCAUUUUUAAGCAUUCUAGCUAUCAAGGGUUAGUGGAAAUGAAAGUAUCUCCACAAAGUGAGAAUGUAGCAGUAGAAGCAAAAGGCAUUCAUCCAACCAUAGUUGCCAAGGAAAUCAGGUCAAGUGAGGUUAUUACAGAGGAAGAAAGCAGCAAAAUGAAGCUAGAUAAAAGGAAAUUAGCGUCUCAAGGCAGCUUCAAGAAAGCAAAAGAGCAAGCUAAGAUGUCGAUUGACGGUACCAGUUCCAAGAUCUCAGGAAGGAACACUGAAGCAUCAAGAAGAAUACAGUAUUCAGAAGCAAAAUGUGAGGAUAAAAAUUCCAAGGGAAGUACAAAAGAGAUGAAAAACUUAAGCAAUUCCAGGAAACAAAAAGGUAAUAGAAGAAGAAUAUCAAAAGAUAACUUUCAGAAGCUUGAAUCCAAAGAUCUUGAGGCAGCUAAUGAGGUAUGGACAUUCAUGAACAGAGACUACCCCGGAAAUGGGGGCGUUCGCCAUAACCCUCCGACUAACAAUCGUUAAGUUUUGAGUUUUACAACUAAGAGUAGAAACUACUGAACUAGGAACUAUAUGAGAUAUACAUAUAUAUAGCAUAAUAUUGAGUUUAUAGCAGGCAAUUUUGAGCCAACAGAUAAAAGAGGAUGUACCAAUUUUGGUAAGCAUAGGAAAGGUACCCUCUAGUGCCUGGAAUAAGCAAUGAAGCGAACACACAAGAGUGUUCAAUUGGUUGUUAUA